AACUUUGUGAUUCUGUCUCUUCCUUUUAUACAUGGUAAGAUUAAGUCUAAUAAUUUUCUUUUUCUCUCGUUUUCGUUAAGGAAUUUAUUAAUCAGUGGAUUCAAUCUCAGAGCCAAGAUCUUAAGGUAUAUUUUACGCGUAUCGUCUUUUAUACAAGAGUUAACUUUAUACAAGAGUUUAUUUUUUAAAAUAUUUGGCGCCAUUUUCCCGACCAAUCAGCGGUAAAACAACUCGACUAACACGUUUUCCCGCUCCGAAAAGUUUGCUGUAUGUAUUUGAUUCUAGUUCUUAUUGGUCAGGGUAUUUUGCCGAAACCACUGACUUGAGACAUUCGUUUUCCCGCCUUUGACUCCCUUUAUGCUUGAGUUCUGAUUGGUCAGAUAUUAUUGUCGUCCGUGCCUGUUUUGAUUGGACUUCAUAGUUACUUGGCUUUUGCAACAGCCAGUGAAUACCGCUUUAAAUGAAUGUUUGUCUAGCGACGCAAACAUAAGCUUAAACAUAAAGAUAAGAGCCUAGAGGGUUGUCCAAUAAAUUCAACUUGACUCUCGCCGUGCCCCUUAGUAAGCCUAAAGCAAGCAUUAGCAUAAGCAUGGGUAUAAGAAGCUAAUGAGCUGGUGAGAACGGCCGUGGCAGAAGCGUAAGCAAAAGCUAAAGAAAAACGCAAGGUUUUGAUAUUCUUGUGUUCAGGAUUCUUACAGGAUUCGUACGGGUCAUGAAAAAACCUGGAAAGUCAAGACUUUCAUUUUCCAGUCCUGGAAAGUCAUGGAUUUUUUAAAAUUUUCAGUCCUGUGAUGUCAUGGAAAAUUAAAGUUUUAUUUGGUAGAUCAGAUUUGGCAGAUGUCAAAGCAAGGACAGUGCAAGUUCGAGACCAGUAAUUAACAGCGCGAACGGCAGGCGUUUUGGUGGACACCAGAGUUUGUGUCUGUUGAACUGUCAGUUAAGUCAAAAAAUACCCUUCUACAAGGAAAGUCAUUGAAAAUUUUCGAAAGUGACAGCUAAACCUAAAGUCAUGGAAAACUUGAAAAGGUCAUGGAGAGUCUCGGAAUGUGAAGUCCUUUAAAGAGUACAAACCCUAUGUUUACGCUUGUGUCACGGUCGUCGUCAAUAGCGCACAUGCCCCUUAUGCUCAUGCUUAUCUUUGCGUUGCCAGUCAGCUUAUUGACUUUCAAAAACAGACAAAACGAGAAAGCUUUCCAGUACCUAAGGGUGCUUUAAGUUAAGGCAAGUAGUAGAAAUAAUAGAUCAACAGCAUAUAAAAAUAUGUUCUGCCAAUUAUUGACGACUUGCAGUUCUUGUAUUUGUGGCGCCUGUUUUGGUUUUUGAGUUCAAUGCCUGUUGUUGUCUUAGGUCAUGACAGAUGUUGUUGGAAAUCCUGAGGAAGAGCGGCGAGCAGAUUUCUUUCAUCUUCCGUGGUCACAAGAGGCCGUUUGCCGCUACUUCUACGGCAAGGUAUUACCUCUAGUUUGGAAUUGUUAUCUCUUUAAGAAGUGGCUUAGGUCAAACUGAAAGAAAAGUUAUCAAUUUUGUUUCGCAAAUUUUUCAAGAAAUUACCAUUUCCUGGAAUUUCUGGAAGGUUCUUGGUAUUUGAUGUUGGCGGGUGAUUGUUUGUGCUAACAUGGCGGAUUAUUGGGUCACUCCCGGCCACCAUCACGCUAGAGUGAACGCGACACUGUGAAGCGAGCGCGUGAGUGGUAUAGGGGCACUCUCGCGUUAGUUCGUAACGCAUUGAUCCAAAACUCAUGAUAGUGUGCUUACGCAACAGGACGGCAGAAAGAAGACGACGGCAAAACGCUUGUGUGGCAGGGCUAUUACUUGCGACUUUUUCGUGAUCCUCACUUAACAAUACUGUGUUAUGGUCUUUUACAAAAAGAUCUGUUUAAGGGAAGGUCAAGAUUGGAGAAUAACUUUUUCAAACAUGAUUCACUGAUGAUUGUUGUCAUUAUUGUCACACAAGGUUUGCCGUCUUCUUUUCCCUGUCUUCUGCCUAAAUAUUUAACAUUUAGGGCGGAUUUCCACAGUCGCGUAAUUUGUACGUGCGUACGCGCUUAAAUAAAAUAGAGGCGAUGUUUGAAAGGCCGCGCGAAAACGUAGAAGUUAAGCGAAUUUCAAUAAUGGAAUUCGCUUUAUGACUGGCCUGGUCUGUCCAGCGAGUUCUUACUUAUGGUAAACGCAGACAAUCUGAAGGUGACGUUAGACGGGACAAUUCCUAACGACGAUUUUUAGCGUAACACAGCUUUGCAAUGUUUGAACAAUGCUGUAAGUAUUUGAAACAAUAUCGCAACAAUGUUGCAACGCUGUGUUGCGCUAAAACUCGUUGCGAAUUGUCCCGUGUGACAUCACCAUUAAGAGUUCUGGCAAAACCGUUUAAUUGACUAUCAUAGCAUGAGCUUUAAAACAAGUGUUAUCGUCUUUGUCCUAGGUUCAACAAAAACGUGCUGAGUUAGAACAAGCCUUGGGUAUCAGGGGAACAUAGCUCACAGAUAAGAGUUUGUUAUGUCAGGUAGAUUUUCACUUGCCGAUCACGUGCUCACAUGCGAGGGCUGAUUUGUACCUUGUAACAGUAUACUGUAUAAGCUGCUGUCGUUUUCUAGAAACUGUCGUACC